AUGUAUUUUCUCAGAGGACACCUUCCGUGGCAGGGACUGAAGGCAAAUACUAAAAAGCAAAAGUACGAACGUAUAUAUGAGAAGAAAUUAGCUACGUCACCUGAAGCCCUAUGUAAAGGUUAUCCUGUAGAAUUCGAAAAAUAUUUGCAUUUCGCUCGUGGUCUAGCUUUUGACAGCCUUCCGGACUAUGUAUUCUUGAGAGGGAUUUUCCGCCGUUUGUUUCAAAGCCUUAAUUUUGUUCUGGAUUAUGUGUAUGAUUGGGCACUUCUGGGUACAAAUUCUUCUAAUACUAAUCAGUCAAUAAUGAAUGCUAAUCCAGAGUGUGAAGAUAAUGCGAAUCAGCAUCAAAAUAAUGCAGAAUGUCAGGGAAUCGAUAACACAGUGGGGGCAGCUCAAUGUGCGCUUCCAGCACCUCAAGUAUAUGGAAAUCAUAACCACCAUAAUAUACCUGUCCAGCAAUCACAGCCUCAGCAAGUGCUUCCACAUACACAUAGCCGUGAGGGAGUUCAGCAAUCAACAUUUCAUUCCCAAUUCGUUAGUCAGUCUGGAAAUUCAGGCACUCAAACAAAUGCGUAUAAUGCUCCUGGCACAAGUGUAGAGUAUGGUAUGCGUUGUAUGCCCACAGAAAUGCGCCGUUAAUUCCUUCAGGAUUAUACAAAUAACUUCUGCCACUUUCAGUUAAUCGCGCGUGGAGAUAAUAAACUCUAUGCUGUCAAAUUUCAUUUCUGCCAUCAUUAAUUGGAAUUUCGACUUGUUUACUCACUGACAAUUAACAUCGUUAUUUACUUGUGAAUAAUAUUUAGAUUCCCACAAAGUUCUCGUGCGCUUUCUCUACCUCUCAUCUCAACUCAC